AUGGCGGAGGCGCCCGAGACCGCCGCCCCCACCCCGCCGCCGCCAGCGCCAGCUCCGGCGCCGGCGACUUCGUCCCCGCCUCCCAAGUCGGGGAUCCCGCCGCGGUACGACCUGGACGCCAAGUGGGACGCGUGCCUCGACCUCUCCAUCCGCCGCGUCGCCUACUCCUCCCUCGCCGGCGCCUUCGCGGGCCUCCUCCUCUUCCGUAGCCCUACUACUCGCUGGGCAUCAGUUGCCCAUGGAGCUGGUGUGGGGAUAGGGGCUGCAUACACUGAAUGCUCAUACUUAUUCAAUGGUGCUCCUCCAAAGUGGUCACCCAAAGUCUCAACUAUUCUUUCUGCUCACUCUGAAGUAAUUGCUCUCUUAUUCUCCCUUAAUCCUGCUUGA